AUGGCCCACAGGAUGUUGAGAAACUCGAGGUGCAAGAAUUCUCUUCAUCUCCACAAUCUCUUCCAUUUGUCCGUUCCUCAAGACAGCACUGGAAAACUGAAAAGGGGAUACGCAAAUAGAGCUUUUGAAACUUGGGCUUCCAAGUUCUGGCCAGAGGAAAUCUAUGCCAUGGAUGUCUCAAGCAUGACGUCAUAA